CUUCAAACGAGUUAAGUAAUGUCAGGACAGAGGGCACAAGGAUGAAGAUAGAGAAGCCACUUAAGGAAAGUGUUGUUAACCACUGCUCGAGACUAUAAAGGUGCUCUGACGUGUACAGCUGUUCCAGGUCUCCUCCUCGCGCAGAGCAGUCACAGCGGCGCGAGGCUCAUCGGCAGCGAACCUUCCGUCUGACUCCAUGAACUCUGGAUGAAUGUAUAAUUAUAAAAUAGGACUUUUUAACUUUAUUAUUGAUGCUUGCUGCGCUGUAAAGUGUUAGACUAUCUGGAGAGCAGCAGACGAAGCUUUGUUCUUUUGUUUUGUUUGUAUGUGUUAUUUUCUACAGUCGAUAACUGCGAGUUAAAGAGCGUCUGCAACCACACAGGUGUGUGUGAGAGAAGAAAUACGGCCAUGUACCGUUCAGCUUCAUGGCCUUCUUCUUCCUCUGAGACUCGGCUUCAUCACCAGCUCCCCAGAGGCCACACGUACCUAGAUACCCUGAGACAUGUCAGCUUUGGAACAGUAGUGAUGUGUAAGAGACGAGACGCUGGACAGAUUGUGGACGUAAAGACCAGCGAUCACCACCAGGAUCUUCAUCAGGAGGCCUCCAUGCUGAGACACCUCAUGUUACACAACCUUGACAAGUGCAACAUCAUCACGUUAUAUGAUGAGAUCUUCAUCAGCAACAGGAUGAGUUUGGUGGUUGAGAAGUUGGACAUCAGCCUGCACAACUACCUGCUGGAAACACAAGGCCUCGUGUUGUUGGAGGACAUCAGGACCGUCAUCCAACAGAUGGCCACAGCAUUAGCUGCCCUGAAAAGAGUUGGUGUAAUCCAUGGUGACGUGACGACAGAUAACAUCAUGAUGGUGGAUCGCGUGAGACAGCCCUUCAGAGUGAAACUGAUCGACUUCAGUCAGGCUAUGUUCAGCUCUCAAGCCAAACCAGGCAGGAUUCUCCAGACCCCCCAGUACAGAGCAGCAGAAAUAAUGUUGGGACUCCCUUUCUGUGAAGCCGUUGAUAUCUGGGCGCUGGGCUGUGUGAUGGGGAUCAUGAUGUUUGGCUUUGAGCUCUUCCCAACAACAACAGACUACGAUGCACUCCUCUUCAUCAUCGACCUCCUGGGUCCGCCGCCGCAGCACCUCAUGAAGGCUGCACAGAAAUCUAAAGUGUGUUUUAAGAAGACAGACUGUGGUCAGUGGAGGCUCAAGACACCUGAGGAGUAUUGGGGUCCCGAUCUUUCAUCACAUGACGACAGGAAGUACACGUUCCGCUCUCUGGACGAAGGGAAAAUGCUGUGUCUGGAGCAGGACAACGUGACAGAGGCUGAUGAGAGGAGGGAGUGCAUGGAGCUGUUGAAGGAGAUGGUCGCGUGGGAUGAGAGGGAGCGGAUCACUCCCGCUGAUGUCCUCAACCAUCCUUUCAUUACCAAGAGCUACAUACACAGCACCUCCCGCCUCAGCUCCUGUCCUCAGCCUGCUGCAGCUCUGGACGCCACCAGCAUCCACAUGGACAACACGGAGCUCCCUCCCAACACCUCUGAUGAAGAAGAAGAAGAAGAAGAAGAAGAAGAAGAAGAAGAAGAAGAAGAAGAAGUAGAAGAACUUCCUAUUAUUAUUAUUAUAAUAACAAUAUUAAUAUUGAUAAUAAUUAUUAUUAAUAUUCUUCUACAAGAACUCCUGUAGACGCUUCUUCUCCUGGAUGACGAGGAUCUUCUGCUGCUACAUGGACGACGUGCAGGAGUGAAGAUUUCUAUUGUUUGUAGUUAAAGAACCUGAGAACUUGCUCACAGGUGUUCUGCUAGAAAACAUUCAUAGUGCAGAAGAUUCAAACCAUUCAAGCAGAGCUCUGCUCUUAUGUUUGUGUUUCAUGUUAUUGUUAGUAUUGAACGUGAACGUGAAUGAACUUUUGUCUCAGCAACUCUUGUGAGAUCUGACAACACAGAGCGUUAAUGUUUGUCAGACUGUGUCCAAACAUCUUCUAAGGUAAAAAGUCUUUGUGAUGCUCAACAUGUUAGUUCCCUGUGUGACUCUCUAACGUUAGCUCAACAUAAAUACAUUAGAGCAGGCCUACUGAGGAGACAGGUGGUGUUUACCAUUUGAACAGCAUCGCUGCUGCUCGUGAUCGUCUUUAGUUAUAGAACAUGUUACAGCUUCACUGUGUUGCUGCAGUGCUCAGUGGAGCAUACAUCUCUCUUUCAAACGUGUGAAGAUUACAAGCAGUCAGUUUCACUCUUAUGUGCAUUUUAUAAAUACAUUUAGCUUUGUAAGCUAGUAGCAGCUAAAGUUUGUAGCCGUCCCUCAAUGUUGUUGUUUAUCCUUCUGGCUCGCUAGUUAUUUACAUUCAUGUGACAAAGUUUGUUCUCAGCUGUUAUAUUGAUCUCUGUCUUCUUUCCCUUCAAUAAUGUCAACAAGUCCUUUAAACGUGUGUCUUGUAAAAUGAAACGCUAUUUGUUCUCAUGCUUAUGACUCACAUGCCAUCAUUUAACUUUAAGAUAUGAAGACAUGUUAGACUCUG